CAGCCACCCCGCCGCCCUCCUCCGGCUCGUCCUCCCGCACGCUCUCGACCGCCUCCGACUCCUCGACCGCGGACGCCCCAAUGACCAAAGAAGACGCGCGCAUUAUCUUCGGCAACAUCGCGGAAAUUGCCGUCUUCGCCGACAGCUUUUCCGAGCAGCUGGAAGAGGCGCUCGGCAGCAUCUUGGAAGGAGGUUCAGGCGAGGAUCGCGUUGGCGAACUCUUCCUCAAGAUGAUCCCGCAAAUGUUACCACUGUACAUGACCUACAUUCGCCGGCACCCGACCGCCCUCUCCCACCUGCAAUCUCUCCCGCAGACCGCCGCGCUCACCGCCUACCUCGCGCACACGCAGACGAUCGCCUCCUCCCUCACCCACGCUUGGGACCUUCCCUCGCUCCUGAUCAAGCCCGUUCAGCGCCUGCUAAAGUAUCCGCUCCUGCUUAGCACCAUCGUCGAGGAGACGCCGGAUGCCCACCCGGACAAAGCCGCACUCCGACGCGCAAAGGAGAAGUGCGAGGAGGCCGCGCGCGAGGUGAACGAGGGCCGGCGCCGGUACGAGGUCGUUCAGGAGGUGCUCAAAGGCCGGCCGGCCGCGCCGGGCGCCGCCGAUGCCAAGGACGGCGGUAAAGACGGGAAACGGGGCAAGCCCGGGGUGAGCGUCCCCGUCGGGCUCGCGGCCGCGGUUGCGCUCGGAAAGAUGAAGAACCUCAACCUCAAGUCGGCCCGGCCGAAGGAGGGCGCGGAGGAAGCCGAGCGGUGCGAACGCUACGAGCGCGAGAUCAAGGACGCCGCCGCCUUCCUCCGCGCGUUCGCCCGCCACGCCCUUGCGUGGGUCGACGCCGUCCGUGCCUCCCUCGCCGGGCUCCGCCAGUGGGCGCUUGGCUUCGCGCGCGUCAUUGGGCUCGCGGACGACGCAGAAAGCGAAUCGGAGGCGUUCGAUGCGUUCCUCGCCGUCGUCGGUGGUCGUCUCGUCCCGCUCGGCGCCACCUUCGAUGGCGUCCUUCGCCGCGAGCUCCUCGUCGACGCCGCCCGGCUGGUUGAUGCUACCCGCAACCCUCUUCGACUCCUCGACGCGCUCCACACGCUCGAACCGCUCCAUUAUGGCCUGCUCAACAUGACCAUCGGGCCUAAGAGCCGGCCACCGCCGGCGCUCCUUGAGGCUAGCCAAAGCUACGUCGCGCUCAGGGAGCAACUCCUCCAGGAGCUGCCAGAUUACACGGCCUUGCUCCACCGCGGCAUCGUCUCCGUCGUGCUCAAGUUCGCGCACUGGCAGGCCGAGUUCUGGGGCGACGUGCACAUCAAGUGGGGCGAGCUCUGGGACGCAUUGCGUAUCGAAGACGAGGCGAACAAUGGCGCAGACGAGACGAUCCGCGUCUGGUGGAAUCGCUUCGCCGAGGUCGAAGGCGACGUCAACAUGCUCAACAUCGUCAACCCCCAGAAGCUGCACGAAGACCCCCGUCUGACUUACCACCACCUCCGC